AUGUCAGAGCAAGGGGCAUCAUAAACCCUGCCCAAAAAAGACUGCCCCAGCAGCUCUGUAGUGUCUUUUCAUUUGAAGUGAUUUAUAAGAAAAAACAUUCUUAAAAAAAUGGCUUUUGGAGGAUACAAUGAUGUAUCCAACCAUGGACACCAGAAGAAACACAAGAAGUAUGCCAUUAUUGGCGUCUCUUCCCUUUUGCUGGUGGCCAUGGUAGCUGCUGUGGCCGUUGGCGCGACUCGCAACAAGGCUGAUGGAUCAUCUAAAUCUGAUGGCAAUGGCGAGGUUUCAACAUCAAUGAAGGCAGUUAAGGCCAUUUGCCAGCCCACUGAUUAUAAAGAAACCUGCGAGAAAAGCUUGUCCUCGGCGGCUGGGAACGUCACCGACCCUAAAGAGCUUAUCAAGAUCGGCUUCCAUGUCACAGUUCAGGAAAUUCAUGCAGCAAUAGCAAACUCCACCACAUUAAAAAAUCUAGCCAAGGACCCCAGAGCAUCUCAAGCCUUGGAGAACUGCAAAGAGCUCCUUGAUUAUGCCAUCGAUGAUCUCCAAGAGUCUUUCAACAAGAUCGGUGCCUUCGACGUCAGCAAGCUCGACGAUUACGUUGCCGACCUCCAGGUCUGGCUUAGUGGUGCAAUCACCUACGAGCAGACUUGCUUGGAUGGGUUCGAGAACACCACGGGUGAUGCCGGGGACAAGAUGAAGGAGGUUUUGAAGACUACACAAGAACUCACCAAGAAUGGCCUUGCCAUGGUGACCGAGAUCUCGAAUGUCUUGACCAAUCUUCAAAUUCCAGGGUUGAACCGGAGGCUUCUUUGGGAUGAGGAUCCUAGUGGGGCCGGCUUCCGUAAAACAUAUGAUGAACCACAUGAUAAGGACCCAACGUCCACUAAUCGACAGCUACUUUGGGAUAAUGGAAGUGGCUUCGAUCAAGAGCUCGCUGACCCGCAGAGGAAGCCCGUGGAGGCCACCAACCGGCAGCUUCUUUGGGACAAUGGGAGCGGCUUCGACGAACGACACGAUGACAAGCAGAGGAAGCCCUUGGAGUCCACCAACCGCCAGCUUCUUUGGGAUGCAAGCGGCUUCGACGAUGAUCUCAAUGACAGGCAGAGGAACAUGGAGUCCACCAACCGCCGGCUUCUUUGGGAUGCAAGCGGCUUCGACGAUGAUCUCGAUGACAGGCAGAGGAACAUGGAGUCCACCAACCGCCGGCUUCUUUGGGAUGCAAGCGGCUUCGACGAUGAUCUCGAUGACAGGCAGAGGAACAUGGAGUCCACCAACCGCCGGCUUCUUUGGGAUGCAAGCGGCUUCGACGAUGAUCUCGAUGACAGGCAGAGGAACAUGGAGUCCACCAACCGCCGGCUUCUUUGGGAUAAUGGGAGCGGCUUCGACGAACGGCACGAUGACAAGCAGAGGAAGCCCUUGGAGUCCACCAACCGCCAGCUUCUUUGGGAUGCAAGCGGCUUCGACGAUGAUCUCGAUGACAGGCAAAGGAACAUGGAGUCCACCAACCGCCGGCUUCUUUGGGAUGCAAGCGGCUUCGACGAUGAUCUCGAUGACAGGCAGAGGAACAUGGAGUCCACCAACCGCCGGCUUCUUUGGGAUGCAAGCGGCUUCGACGAUGAUCUCGAUGACAGGCAGAGGAACAUGGAGUCCACCAACCGCCGGCUUCUUUGGGAUGCAAGCGGCUUCGACGAUGAUCUCGAUGACAGGCAGAGGAACACGGAGUCCACCAACCGCCGGCUUCUUUGGGAUGCAAGCGGCUUCGACGAUGAUCUCGAUGACAGGCAGAGGAACAUGGAGUCCACCAACCGCCGGCUUCUUUGGGAUGCAAGCGGCUUCGACGAUGAUCUCGAUGACAGGCAGAGGAACAUGGAGUCCACCAACCGCCGGCUUCUUUGGGAUGCAAGCGGCUUCGACGAUGAUCUCGAUGACAGGCAGAGGAACAUGGAGUCCACCAACCGCCGGCUUCUUUGGGAUGCAAGCGGCUUCGACGAUGAUCUUGAUGACAGGCAGAGGAACAUGGAGUCCACCAACCGCCGUCUUCUUUGGGAUGCAAGCGGCUUCGACGAUGAUCUCGAUGACAGGCAGAGGAACAUGGAGUCCACCAACCGCCGGCUUCUUUGGGAUAAUGGAAGCGGCUUCGACGAUGAUCUCGAUGACAGGCACCUCCCUGCAUGGAUCAAUGGCCGUCAAAGGAAGCUUCUGGGGUCUACCAAUACAGGGGACAUCAAGGCUGACGUAGUGGUGGCAAAGGAUGGAAGUGGCAAGUAUAAGACCAUCAAUGAAGCACUCAUGGACAUUCCCAAGAACAACAACAAGACCUUCGUGAUUUAUAUCAAGGAAGGAGUUUAUCAGGAGCAUGUCAUGCUUGACAAGCACAUGACCCACGUUACUAUGAUUGGAGAUGGCCCCACGAAGACCAAGAUCACAGGAAAUAAGAACUUCGUCGAUGGAACCCCCACGUUCAAGACUGCCACAGUUUCGGCGAUUGGAAGCAACUUCUUGGCCAAGAACAUUGGAUUCGAGAACUCUGCAGGAGCUGAGAAGCACCAGGCUGUGGCACUACGCGUCCAAUCCGACAUGUCCAUCUUCUAUAACUGCCAGAUGGAUGGGUACCAAGACACCCUCUAUGCCCACACCCACCGCCAAUUCUAUCGAGAUUGCACCAUCUCCGGCACCAUCGACUUCAUUUUUGGCAACGCAGCCGCAGUGUUCCAAAACUGCAAGAUGAUCGUCAGGAAGCCAAUGGACAACCAGCAGUGCAUCGUAACAGCCCAAGGGAGGAUAGACAGGCGCGAGCCCACCGCCCUCGUCCUUCAGGGCUGCACAUUCACCGCCGAACCAGCAUAUCUCCCACUCAAGGAUAAGAACAAGGCUUUCCUUGGUAGACCAUGGAAGCAAUAUUCAAGAACCAUCAUUAUGCAGAGUCAUAUCGAGGGCUUCAUCCAGCCUGAGGGGUGGUUGCCAUGGAUGGGUGACUUCGCUCUCAACACACUCUUCUACACUGAGAUCGACAACGAUGGUCCUGGUGCGGCCACGACCAAUAGAGUCAAAUGGCGAGGCAUCAAGAAGGUCAAUUUGGAACAUGCUAAGAAAUUCACUGCUGGAACCUUCAUUGGUGGCGAUAAGUGGAUCAAGCCCGUUGGAGUGCCUUACGUUUCUGGCUUGAUGUAAUUCGCGAAGAUAACAGCUCAUAGUUAGUCCUCUAUAUAUAAAGGAUUAAACCGGUCUCCGCCUUCAUUAAUUAAGCUAUCUACAUUUUUGCCCCCAUCAUUAUUUUUCUUGCCUUCUGAAGAACUGUACGUAGCACCAGAUCAUUAUCGUUAAUAAAGCCAAAGAAUGAGAGAAAUUUCAUGUUGA